AUGGCGCAGUCCACGUGGGGCUACGACAGCGACAACGGGCCCGCGCACUGGCACGAGAACUACCCCUACGCCAAGGGGGACAAGCAGUCGCCCAUUGAAAUCAACAGCAAGGACGUGCGGCACGAGCCAUCGCUUCCARCCUGGCACGCCAGCUACGACCCCGGCGCCGCCAAAACCAUCCUCAACAAUGGGCGCACCUGCAGGGUUGUCUUUGAUGACAGUUUUGAUAGAUCAGUGCUGAGAGGAGGGCCACUCUCUGGAGCCUACAGGCUGCGCCAGCUCCAUUUGCACUGGGGUUCCUCUGAUGACCAUGGCUCAGAGCAUGUUAUAGAUGGGGUGAAAUACGCCGCAGAGCUACAUAUGGUSCACUGGAAUCCCAAACAUGGUAAUUUUGCAGGAGCUUUGAAACAACCGGAUGGUGUGGCUGUUGUGGGCAUUUUUCUAAAAGUAAGUGACAAGGAUCAGUUAGGCAGAUUUCAGCUAAUUCUUGAAGAAAUUGAUAACAUUAAGACCAAGGGGAAAGAGGCUCCUUUUCAGCACUUCGAUCCAUCAAUUCUUUUUCCCAAAUCUCGGGACUACUGGACGUACCACGGCUCGUUCACUACCCCUCCUUGUGAAGAGUGCAUCACCUGGAUUCUCUUGAGGGAACCCAUUGAAGUCAGUCCAGACCAGAUGGCAAGGUUACGGAGCCUUUCCAAGAACCCUGAGAACGAACCUGUGAGCCCACUGGUUGAUAACUGGCGCCCACCUCAGCCUCUGAAGGGCAGGGUCGUAAAAGCCUCAUUCAAAUAAGGCUCCUGCUGAAGCUGAGUGAGAAAAUCCCUGCAUCCCAAAGUAUAGUCAGCUUUUGCCUUUUCCUCUGAAUCCAGAUCAGUGUUUCCAAGCCUGAAGUCUGAGUGGUGAAACAUGACAGAUAACUGAAUUUGAUUUUAAAGCAGAAAAAAUGCUGUAUACAAGUACUAACUUUAACAUGAAAACGUAGGAUAGAUGUGAUUCUUCUUCACCAAUGAACAAGCCAUAUGAUCUUGGAAGAAAAUACUUCAAUAUUUCAAAUAAAGUUCAAAAGAAAUGUAGUAAACGCAGAAAAAUGAACCAGUGUU